AUGCUGGCUGCAAAGAGAGCAUUGAGGUACCUGAGAGGUACGCUGGAGCUAGGUAUUUUUUAUAAGAAAGGGUAUGAGUUGAAAGUGAUCGCGUACACGGACAGUGACUAUGCCGGAGACGUUAAGGAUCGUAAAAGCACUUCGGGUUAUGUGUUUUUGCUAAGUGGAGCAGCAGUGUGUUGGAGCUCAAGGAAACAAGUAGUGGUUACUUUGUCUUCCACCGAGGCUGAGUAUGUUGCUGCAACAUCAUGUGCGUGCCAUUGUGUUUGGUUCAAAGGAGUUCUGGAGCAUAACUUUCUUGAGCAGGGUACAUGUAUGGAGAUUUUCUGUGACAAUACUUCAUCGAUCAAGCUGUCAAGGAAUCCGGUGAUGCAUAGGCACACAAAACACAUCGAUGUAAGGUACCAUUACUUGUGUGAUCUUACAAAUCAAGAAGUAGUAAAGUUGGUGUUUUGUGGAACGGGAGAACAAGUUGCAGACAUCAUGACAAAACCAGUGAAGUUGGAGACUUUUGUUAAGCUGCGAGGGCUACUUGGAAUGCAAGCACAAGGAGUUUAA